AUGCUUCGCGAUCGAAAGUCCGACCGUCAUGAGGUUGGUCUCCUCCUCCUCACUCGUCGCGCGACAAUGACGACCAAGGCUGUCUUGCUGAUUGGCGGUCCUUCUAAGGGAACCCGUUUCCGUCCCCUCUCGCUCGACGUCCCGAAGCCGUUGUUCUGCGUCGGUGGACGACCGAUCAUCUGGCACUCGCUUGUUGCACUCAGCCACGUCGAGGGUUUGACCGAAGUCCUGCUGAUCGGAUUCUACGACGAGGCCGUCAUCAACCCCUUCAUCAAGGACGCCUCGCGUGACUUCCCCAACCUCUCUAUCCGGUACCUGCGCGAGUACCAGAGUCUCGGAACCGCCGGAGGCCUCUACCACUACCGCGAUGUCAUUCUCAAGGGCAACCCUAGCCAGAUCUUUGUCGUCCACUCGGACAUCGUCUGCGGCUGGCCCCUCGAGGAGAUGCAGAGGUUCCACAGCGGCCACCGAGGCGUUGGCACGAUGAUGGCGGUCAAGGUCCCGAAGGAGGAGGCGAACAAGUUCGGUUGCGUCGUCAUCGACCCGCAGACUUCGCAGGCUCGGCACUACGUCGAGAAGCCAGAGGAAUUCUUGUCCGACACGGUCAACGCCGGCUUGUACCUUUUCGACUCGAACCUCCUCUUCACCUCGAUCCGCGACGCGAUGGACACCAAGCUCAAGCGCUCCUCGGAUGAUCCGGAGGCAACGAACGACGAGCAACUUCGGCUCGAGCAAGACGUCCUGUCUCCUCUCGCCCACACCGGCAAGCUGUAUGCCUACCAGACGACGUCGCCCUGGGUCCAGAUCAAGAGCGCAGCCUCGGCCAUUCCUGCCAACGCCCUCAUUCUCGCCUCGUACAAGACGACGAACCCCUCUCUUCUCCGCCGCCGCUCGCCCACCAUCCUCGCCAAGUCUCGGGCGGACUACUCGAAGAAGAAGGGUCCCGAGAUCGUCGAGCCCUGCUUCAUUCACGAGGACGCUCAGAUCGACGACACAGCCAAGAUCGGCCCCAACGUCAGCAUUGGCUCGGGCGUCAAGGUCGGCUUUGGCUCGCGCAUCAAGGAGUCGAUCAUUCUUGACAACACCGUCAUCGACAAAAACGCAUGCGUCCUCUACAGUAUCGUUGGCGAGGAGUGCAAGAUCGGUCCUUGGGCUCGCGUCGAAGGCGCGCCGCUUGCUGGCGGCCAACAGCAGAGCAUUGCCAUCCUCGGCAAGGACGUCUCGGUGCUCAAGGAGGUCCACAUCCGUUCGUGCAUCGUCUUGCCGAGCAAGGUCUUGAGCAAGUCUGCCAAGAACGAGGUUUUGCUGUAG